ACCGAGAAUGUUCAAUUGCUUUCGUUGGCAGCAUCGUGGCGGUUGAGUUAACGCUCCUUUGGCGGUGUUUUUAUUUGAAUUCCUGCAGCACAUCCCAGCACUAAACUUAAAAAAUGCCACAGCCCAAGCCGUACCAGAGGCCCGCGGACUUCAUCGAUCCUGGCAAGCCGUCGCGCUGCAAAUGGCACCUGGGCACUACUGAGAAGUCGCCCCACAUCCAGAGGAGUAUCGCCCAUCGCCAGAAGAUCACCCCGAACAUCCUGGACGUGAUUGGAAUGACACCACUGGUCCGUUUGAAUCACAUCCCGGCCAGCGAGGGAAUCGAAUGUGAAAUGUACGCCAAGUGCGAGUUCCUGAAUCCUGGUGGUUCGGUCAAGGAUCGCAUUGGCUAUCGCAUGGUGCAGGAUGCCGAGGAGCAGGGUCUUCUCAAGCCAGGCUUCACCAUCAUCGAGCCGACCUCCGGCAACACGGGCAUCGGUCUGGCCAUGGCCUGUGCCGUCAAGGGCUACAAGUGCAUCAUUGUUAUGCCGGAGAAGAUGUCCAACGAGAAGGUAUCGGCCUUGAGGACCUUGGGCGCCAAGAUCAUACGUACACCGACGGAGGCGGCCUACGAUUCGCCGGAGGGCUUGAUCUACGUGGCCCAGCAGUUGCAGCGGGAGACACCCAACUCGAUUGUCCUGGAUCAGUACCGGAAUGCCGGCAAUCCUUUGGCCCAUUACGACGGAACUGCUGCCGAAAUCCUUCUGCAGUUAGAUAACCAAGUCGAUAUGAUUGUCGUGUCGGCGGGAACUGCUGGCACCAUUUCCGGCAUCGGCAGGAAGAUCAAGGAGCAGGCUCCCAAUUGCCAGAUCGUUGGCGUUGAUCCCUUUGGAUCUGUUCUGGCCCGUCCCGAGGAGCUCAACAAGAGCGAUGUGCAAUUCUACGAGGUGGAGGGCAUCGGCUACGACUUCCCGCCGACUGUCUUCGAUGACAAGGUGGUGGAUGUUUGGUCCAAGAUCGGUGAUGUCAACUGUUUCCCGAUGAGCCGUCGUCUCAACGCCGAGGAGGGUCUGCUCUGCGGUGGUUCCAGUGGCGGUGCGAUGUACGCCGCCCUCGAGCAUGCCCGGAAACUGAAGAAGGGCCAGCGAUGUGUCGUUAUCCUGCCGGAUGGCAUUCGCAAUUACAUGACAAAGUUCGUAUCCGACAACUGGAUGGAGGCGCGUGGCUUCAAGGAGCCGGUGAACGAACACGGCCACUGGUGGUGGAGUUUGCCCAUCACCCAGCUGGAACUGCCGGCUCCCGAGGCGGUACUGAAGUCCGGAGCCACGGUCGGCGAGGCCAUUGGCCUGAUGAAGGUACUCCGCGUGGAUCAGCUGGCUCUGGUGGACGAGGAUGAUGGCGCCGUAUUGGGAGUCGUUGGCCAGGAGACGCUCAUCACCCAGAUCGUGACCAUGAACCGCCAGCAGACCGAUCCCGCCAUCAAGGCCCUCAACAAGCGAGUGAUCCGUCUGCAGGAAACCGACAUUAUUGGAAAGCUGGCCCGUGUCCUGGAGGUGGAUUCCAGUGUCCUUAUCAUUGGCAAGACGGCGGCCGGGAAGGAGGAGCUCAAGGCUCUGGCCACUAAGCUGGAUGUAACCAAUUUCAUAGCCAACGGUAAUCCCAGUGAAAAGAUCAAUGGCACCACCAAUGGCAACACCCACUAGGUGUCCAGAAUAUAUAUCCAGGAUAUAGAACUCUCUUCCUCGUCUGAUUUUUUUCCAACCUACCUACCGACUUCACUUAUACUGUACAACUUGCAUGCAUUUUCUUAAUGUCUAAUGAAAAUAAAAAUAAAAUUAAUACUUAUACACAUAACUAUUAAA